AUGGCCGAGACACUUUCGCUUCGUGGGUAUCUGAAGGGUCACUCUGGCUGGGUCACCGCCCUCGCCACCACUGUCGACAACACCAAUAUUGUUCUGUCUGCAUCCCGCGACAAGACCAUCAUUGUCUGGCAGCUUACUACCGACACCGAAGAGCUUGGCUCUUACGGUUACCCGAAGCGCGCUCUCCGCGGCCAUGGUCAUUUCGUCUCCGAUGUUGUCCUCUCAUCCGAUGGCCAGUUUGCCCUGUCGUCUUCAUGGGAUCACACUCUCCGCCUCUGGGACCUGUCUACCGGCGUCACUACUCGCCGAUUCGUGGGUCACUCCAAGGAUGUCCUCUCCGUGGCAUUCUCGGCUGACAACCGUCAGAUUGUGUCAGGUUCUCGCGAUCGCACCAUCAAGUUGUGGAACACCCUCGGCGAAUGCAAGUACACCAUUCAGGAGGAGGGCCACACCGAAUGGGUCUCCUGCGUUCGCUUCUCGCCGUCCACUCAGAACCCGCUCAUUGUGUCAUGCGGCUGGGAUAAGCUCGUCAAGGUGUGGAACCUCACCAACUGCAAGCUCCGUACCAAUCUUCACAACCACUCUGGAUACCUCAACGCUGUGACCGUCUCACCAGACGGGUCUCUUUGCGCCUCCGGUGGAAAGGACGGCGUGGCUAUGCUGUGGGAUCUCCAAGAAGGGAAGCACUUGUACUCGCUGGAGGCUAAUGACAUUAUCCACGCCUUGUGCUUCUCCCCGAAUCGUUAUUGGCUGUGUGCCGCCACUAACUCGUGCAUUAAGAUUUGGGAUUUGGAGUCCAAGACCGUUGUCGAUGAGCUUCGUGACGACCAGGCGGAAUCCAUUGGCAAGAAGGCUGCGCAACCAGCAUGUAUCUCUUUGACAUGGUCUGCCGACGGUUCCACACUGUUCUCUGGAUACACUGAUAAUGUCAUUCGCGUCUGGGGUGUCGGCAUCGGCCGGUAAGAUGCCGUUAGCGGCUUGUUAGAUCGAGUGGCUGAUCUGCAUCAUUUGAAGGCUACGUGAUUCGCAAUGUAGGCGAUGAAGGAAUGGCUAGGGAGCGCCGUGGCCGGGGGUUUGUGGUGGCCGCGGUCGGUGCCGUUACCGGAUGCUUACGUGAACGCUAGUUAUACACAGUAGGUUGGAAACGAGGCCUGCUCGUGUGUAAACGAUGCAUUGAUCGUGAAGAAAAA